UAAAAAAUAAAAAAUAAAAAAAUAAAAUUCAUACACACACACGCAGGUGUGUGUGUGUGUUUGUGAAUUUUAUCCAAAAAGAAGUCAUUUUCAACGCAGUAAAAACGUGGAAUUCAUCUCUGUAAUAAAACUCCUCUGUUUUUCUAUAGAUAUAUAUAUAUACGGCAACUGUACUUGAAUUAAGAACCACGAAGUUAGUUAUUACAAAAGCAAAAACCACCACCAUGACCAUGGUCAACGGCAGCAUCCGGUCAAAGGUUCCGGGCAACCUCCGCCGCCUUAACUACGCCGCCCCCUCCGUCAGCUCCCUCCUCCAGGAAACUAUGGCCCCCCGAAAACCCUCUUCCUUCGCCAAGAAUCGACCCCCCGCCUCCAUCCCCACCGCCACAACCUCCGCCGCCGACGGAAUCGACCUCACCGACACAAAGCGGCUGUUCGAGUCGAUUUCCACCGGAAAACUGCUCAAGUCAACCGCGGCCAUCCACGCGUCGUCGUUCGGGCCGAUGGUCGAUCUGGGCACGGCGGUGAUGAACUCGAGGCUGAUGGAAAACCCACUCGCCAGAAAGAUAAUCCUCGACGCAACCGAGCACACCUUCUACAGCCACUUCUGCGCCGGAAAAGACCUCGACGCGGCGGCGGCGACUCUGUCCAGGCUCUGGGACGCCGGACUCUCCGCCAUGAUGGAUUACGGAUUGGAGCACGCCGACGACAACCACUCCUGCGAUCUCAACCUCCAUGAAUUCCUUCGUACCAUCGAAUGGACCAAAUUACACCAACCUGGUCAAGUUAGUUUUGUGGUGGUGAAGAUAACUGCAAUCUGUCCUGUUAGUUUACUCAAAAGAGUAAGUGAUCUACUAAGAUGGGAAAACAAAGAUAAGUCCCUAAAUCUUCCAUGGAAGUUCGAAUCACUCCCGAUAUUUUCCGAUUCGAGCCCGCUUUACCACACACCGAAAAAGCCGGAAUCUUUAACCCCCGAAGAAGAGAAAGAUCUCGGUUUAGCCUUCGAGAGACUAACGAAAAUCUGCGACCACGCUUUGCAAAUAAACACCCCUCUGUUGAUCGAUGCGGAAGAUACGUCUAUUCAGCCAGCGAUAGACUAUUUUAGUUACUCGGCGGCGGUGAAAUACUCCGCCGCCGCCUGCACCGGAGAAAAAGAAGAUCCGCUGAUUUUCAACACGAUCCAGGCUUAUCUGAAGGACGCAAAGGACAGGCUGGCGGCCGCGAAGAAGGCCGCGGACAGAAUGCGGGUGCCGGUGGGGUUCAAGCUUGUGCGUGGGGCAUACAUGUCGAGCGAGAAUCGGCUUGCCGCCUCGUUGGGGGCUGAGACCCCCAUCCAUGAUACCAUCCAAAAGACUCACGAUUGCUACAACGAAUGCGCUUUGUUCUUGCUCGAUGAAAUCUCCGGCGGUGGUGGAUCCGUCGUACUAGCCACCCACAACAUCGAAUCGAGCAAAUUAGCAGCUUCGAAAGCGGUUAGUUUGGGGAUAAAAAAAGACAGCCCAUGUUUACAAUUCGCUCAGCUAUACGGAAUGUCGGAAGCGCUUUCGUUCGGUUUGAAAAAUGCCGGAUUUAGGGUUAGCAAGUACUUGCCUUUCGGGCCGGUCGAUCAAAUUAUGCCGUAUCUCAUGAGACGGGCCGAAGAAAACAGGGGUAUGCUCUCUACUUCAGCCACUGAUAAAAUGCUCAUGAGAAAGGAACUGAUGAGGAGAUUAAGAUCACCAGCUUCGUGGUUCUGAAGUUUAUAAAAUUAAAGAAGUUGGAAGUGCAAGAAUUUGUGUAAAAAAAGAUUAGUGGAUAAUUAAUUUAAGUAAGUAGAUUAAUGAAUCAAAAAAUAUGAUGAUUAGUGUACAAAUUUCUUCUACAGUGUCAGAAGAAACUUCUUAUCAGUUUUUUGUGCUGUAUGUAUGUUGCAUAUAAGAUUGAUUUAAAGUUGUUAUUUCAUAUACUAAAACAAUCUUUUU